UGUCAGUGGCGUAUGUGGUCGUACUCCAUCCCCGCGUCCACCUCUAUAAGUUGAGCACCGCAUCUGCUGCCUCCCCUGAGCUCCCAGCGUCCUGAGAGCCACAUACUCGAGCGCCCCUCCAUCCUCAUCCUGCUCCCCAACCAAGAAGCGACACAACGGUGAGCAGUCCCCAGAGGCCAGAGCAGAGCGCACUCCCAUCCCAUGGCGUCGGGAGAAGCGGCCAUGCAGACCUUCGUGCUGAGGGUGACCAUCCACUGCCAUGGCUGCAAGAAGAAGGUCCGGAAGGUGCUCAAGAGCAUCGAAGGCGUGCAGGACGUGAAGGUAGACGCCCAGCUGCACAAGGUGAUGGUGACGGGCACCGUGGACGCCGAGACGCUCAUCAAGAGGCUGCACAAGUCAGGCAAGCAGGCCCUGCCAUGGCAACACACGCCUGCCAAGAAUCCCGACCCUGCGCCGCCAACCCCAGCCGACGCCCCCGCGCCGGCCGAGGACGGCAGCAAGGAUGCCGCUGUAGCGGACAAGAAGCCGGCGGAGGAGCCGCAGGCCGACAGCUCGGACAAGAGGCCGGAGCAGGAGACGGCCUCGGAGAAGAAGAAGCCUGAGACGGAGAAGGAAGCAGAAUCUGAGAAGAAGGCUGGCAAGGAGGAGGAGGCGAAACCAAGGUCAAGCGACGAGGAAAAGAAAGACGGCGGCGAGGGCGCGGCGGCCGAGCCCAAAGCAGAGGGCACCGAGCCCGCGAGUGAACCCGCUGCCGCCGCAAAGGAGGCCGGCGAUGAUGAGGGCGAGGCGAAGAAGAAACAGAGCAAGCCCAAGGACGCCGAUAGGUCCCUGUCCCCAGCGCCGGCGCCGGCCCAUGUGCCGAGGUACGCGCACCAGGAAUUCAACGCGCCGCAGCCGGUGAUGAGCUACAACAUGGCGCAGCCGAGGGCGAGCGUGUCCCACUACGCGCCGCAGCCGGAGCGGGGCUACUCGCAGCAGCAGGCCGGGUACUCCUCCUACUCCAUGAUGCAGCACCCACCGGCACCGGCGCAGCAGGCCUACUCCCAGCAGGCGCAGCCAAUGCAGCAAUGGUCGCCGUCGUACCUCUACAUGCCGUACCCGCACGCGUCGCCGGAGUCCUACUACCAGGACUACUAUAGCCCGCCCGGGACGCACGCGUCGCCGCCGCCCCCGCCGCCGCUCCACGACUCGUACCGCCUGUUCGACGACGAGAACCCCAACUCGUGCAGCGUCAUGUGAUGUGAUGGCGGCUCCGGCGACCGCCGGAAAAGUAGCCGGCCUCAUAAUCGUCGUAAUAGAGACCUCUCUGGUUGUAGGUAGAGUAGCUUGUUACUCUCUUCGAUUGGGAGGUGGUCAAAGCUCUCCUUGACCAAUCCUUUUUCUUCUUCUUCUCUUCCUCUUUAAUUUCUUCUUUUAUUAUUGCUACUAUUACUGUUCUAAAUAGAGCAUGUAAUUGUAAUGAGACCUUUACAUGUAGACAUGUAGUAGCAUCAAUGAGAUCUUCCGCCCUACUAGUACUA